CAAAGCUUUCUAGAACACUUUCCCAAGGAAAGAAGAUAAAGCAAAGUUCAAAAGAAUGAAGAGAUAUAAGUGUCCCUUCAAGUAUCCCAUGAGACAAAAGAUCCUGAUCUUGUUUUUAGCAGUGUGGCUGUUUGCACUUCUGAAACUCCUCAAUGUUGAAAGACUCUUAUUCCCUCAAAAAGGUAUUUAUUUAGUUGAGCACUUCUUAAGCACUUCUUCUUAUGUUAAAAACAAAUACUCCCAUCUUAGAAACGACUUCCAGUAUGACAUUAACUGUUCGUGUAUAUACGAACAAGAACCCAGUGAAAUUGGCAAGAGUUUAGAGAUAAGAAGAAAAGACAUCAUUGAUUUAGAAGAUGAAGACGUUAUAGCUAUGACCCGCGAUUGUCAGGUGUAUCGUACACUUAGAGGAUACCACCUAAAGCCUGUUUCCUUGGAGGAGGAAAGUUUCCCAUUAGCCUACUCUUUGGUUGUUCACAAAGAUGCAAUAAUGGUUGAAAGACUCAUACACACAAUAUACAGCCGUCAAAAUAUUUACUGCAUCCAUUAUGACCAAAAGUCUGCUAAUACUUUCAAAUGUGCUAUGGACAAUUUAGCUAAGUGCUUCCCCAAUGUUUUCAUUGCAUCUAAAUUGGAGACCGUGGAAUAUGCACACAUUUCUAGGCUCCAAGCAGAUUUUAAUUGUUUGUCUGACUUGAUGAGGUCGUCGGUUCCAUGGAAGUAUGUUAUUAAUUUGUGUGGUCAAGACUUUCCUUUGAGGUCAAACUUUGAAUUGGUAUCUGAUUUGAAGAAACUCAAUGGAGGAAACAUGCUGGAGACUGUAAAGCCAAGUAGCAGCAAAAGGGAACGAUUCACAUAUCAUUAUGAACUUAAGAGUGUGCCUUAUAAAUACAUGCAGAUGCCUGUAAAAACCAACAUUUCGAAAGAUCCACCACCUCAUAACAUUGAGGUUUUUGUAGGCAGUGCCUAUUUUGUUUUAAGUCGGGCAUUCAUCCAAUAUACCUUUGAAAAAUCUCUUCCUAAAGAUUUUUUUGAAUGGUCCAAGGAUACUUAUUCUCCAGAUGAACAUUUCUGGGCAACCCUUGCACGUGUGCCUGGAAUACCUGGGGAGAUUUCAAGGUCAGCUCACGAUGUAACAGACCUGCAAAGCAAGACUCGACUGGUGAAAUGGAAUUACCUGGAGGACCACUUGUAUCCUCCUUGUACUGGUACCCAUAUUCGCAGUGUGUGCAUCUAUGGAGCUGCAGAAUUAAGGUGGCUUAUAAAUUAUGGACACUGGUUUGCCAAUAAAUUUAACUCCAAAGUGGACCCUGUUUUAAUAAAAUGCUUGGCAGAAAAACUUGCCAAACAACAGAAGGAAUGGGUUGAUUUGUCUUCCGAAAGCUCCUUCAUGCACAGAAGUUCUGCAGAUGUUUCACUAUAG